UGUCUUUAUCCACCCAGAGAUGGCGGACAAUGUUGGGCUGCAGUUCGUCAGCUCCUAUGCCUUUGGAGCCAUGCAGAAGGUGGAUGUGGUGCGCCUGGCAGCCCUGAGUGACCCGGAGCUGAGGCUGCUGCUCCCGUGUUUGGUGAGGAUGGCUUUGUGCGCUCCUGCUGAUCAGAGCGAGUCCUGGGCUCAAGACAAGAAGCUCAUCCUGCGCCUGCUUUCUGGAGUGGAAGCCGUCAACUCCAUUGUAGCGCUUCUGUCGGUGGACUUUCAUGCUCUGGAACAGGAUGCAAGGAAAGAGCAACAGCUGAGACACAAGGCAGGAGGCUCAAAUGGAGAGAGCAUUCUGGUGUCCCAGCUUCAGCACGGCCUGACCCUGGAGUUUGAACACAGUGAUCCUCUCAGAAGACUGCGACUGACCCUGAGUGAACUGCUGGCCAUCAUGAAUAAGGUGGCAGACUCAAACGGGGAGUUUUUCCUCAAGUCCUCUGAACUGUUUGAAAGCCCAGUCUAUCUGGAGGAGGUGGCAGAUGUUCUCUGUAUUUUACAAGCAGAGCUGCCUUCUCUGCUGCCGAUCGUGGAUGUAGCAGAGGCUCUACUUCAUGUCCGGAAUGGCGACUGGUUCCUCUGUCUGCUGGUUGCAAACGUCCCAGACAGCUUCAAUGAAGUUUGCAGAGGUCUCAUCAAGAACGGGGAGCGCCAGGAUGAGGAGAGCGUGGGGGGCCGGCGCAGGACCGAGGCGCUCCGGCAGCUUUGUCAGAUGAACCCCUCACAGGCGCUGAACAUCCGGGCCAUGGUGGUGGAGGAGUGCCACCUCCCCGGUCUCGGGGUGGCGCUCACGCUGGAUUACAAGCCGGACGCCCCCGACGAGGCCGUCAGCCCCCUCGUGUCGUACGUGAGCGGCCUCCUCCUGGGCACCAACAGCAAAGUCCGGACGUGGUUCAGCAUGUUCAUUCGCAACGGGCAGCAGAGAAAGCGGGAAAGCAGCUCGGUGUUGUGGCAGAUGAGGAGGCAGCUGCUGCUGGAGCUGGUUGCUAUCCUGCCUCGCUCACGCAGCACGCACCUUCCCAACAAUGGAGGCAUGGAAGAUGAGGCCGCUUCAGGGUACUCUGGCCUCAAAGAGGAGCAUGUUGUAAAGGCCAGUGCUCUGCUGCGCCUGUACUGCGCCCUCGUGGGCAUCGCUGGUCUGAGGCCGACAGAUGAAGAGGCGGAGCAGCUCCUGCAGCUGAUGACCAGCCGGCCUCCCGCCACUCCUGCAGGGGUCCGCUUCGUUUCCUUGUCCUUCUGCAAGCUGCUGGCCUUCCCUACCCUGGUCAGUACUCCAGAGCAGGAGCAGCUGAUGGUCAUAUGGCUGAGCUGGAUGAUCAAAGAGGAGGAGUACUUUGAAAGUGCUGCAGGAGUAUCGGCUUCUUUUGGAGAGAUGCUAUUGCUGGUUGCCAUGUAUUUCCAUAGCAACCAGCUCAGCUCCAUCAUCGAACUGGUGUGCUCUACUUUGGGGAUGAAGAUUGCUAUUAAACCCAGCUCUCUGAGCAAGAUGAAAACCAUCUUCACACAGGAGAUUUUCACUGAACAGGUGGUCACCGCUCACGCCGUCCGGGUGGCAGUGACCAACAACCUCAGUGCAAACAUCACAGGGUUCCUCCCCAUUCACUGCAUCUACCAGCUUCUGCGGAGCCGUGCCUUCACCAAACACAAAGUCUCCAUCAAGGAUUGGAUCUAUCGUCAACUUUGUGAGACGACCACACCCAUCCACACACAGCUGAUUCCUCUGAUUGACGCCUACAUCAACUCCAUCCUCACUCCAGCCUCCAAGGCCAACCCUGAGGCCACCAACCAGCCCAUCACGGAGCAGGAGAUCCUCCGUGUGUUCCAGAGCUCUGCAGCGCAAGGAGAAGGAAGUCGAGGACGACAGCGUUUUUCCAUCACCACACAACUGCUGAUCCUUUACUACAUCCUGUCCUAUGAGGAGAACCUGCUGGCUAGCACCAAACAGCUGGCGCUGAUGCAGAAGAAGCCAAAGUCCUACUCUGCAGCCCUGAUGGACCAGAUCCCCAUUAAGUACUUGGUUACCCAGGCUCAGGGGCUACAGCAGGAGCUGGGGGGCCUGCACUCGGCCCUGUUGAGACUUCUGGCCACCAACUACCCCCACCUGUGUCUGGUGGAGGACUGGGUGUGUGAGGAGGAGGUGACUGGUACCCUUCCCCUGUUGAGAAGGAUGAUGCUUCCUAGCAACACGUGCAGAUGCAGUCAGAGCCAGCUCCAUCAGGCCUUCCAGAAGCUGCCGUCCAGCAGUCCCAGACUCAUCCGCAUCCUGGAGCAUUUAACUCUGCUGUCACCCGGAGAUCUGAUCCCCUAUGCAGAGGCUCUCACAGCCAGCAUGGCGCUGCUGCUGGAGCCAGCUGUGCCCCGCCGCAUCUUGCAGACCCUCAACAAGCUGUGGAUGGGCCUGAACACUGUGAUGCCCCGCAGACUGUGGGUGAUGACGGUGAACGCCCUGCAGCCUCCAGCCAAGCUGCUCAGGCAGCAGAGAUACACUCAGAACGACCUGAUGGUUGAUCCUCUGAUCGUGCUGCGCUGUGAUCAGAGAGUCUUCAGGUGUCCUCCUGUGAUGGACAUUGUCCUUCACAUGCUGAAUGGGUAUCUCCUGGCCUCAAAGGCUCACCUUCAGAGCCAUCUGAAGGAGACGGCUGACUUUGACCGCCAGAGUCAGACUAUUUCAAACCUGGGAGUGCCAGGGCAGCCUGACACACCUGAAGUCACCAGGGAGGAGCUUAAGAACGCCCUUCUAGCUGCACAGGACAGUGCAGCAGUCCAGAUCCUCCUGGAGAUUUGUCUGCCAACCUCUGAAGAGCAGCAGCUGGGGGCCUCCUCACAGAGCCUUUUGAGGACCAACCGGGGCCCCGCACAAGGAAAAAGGAGUCAGGAAAUCCAGCGGCUACAAUCCAGAGGGGUUCUGGAGGAUGCUGAGCCAGAAGGAGGCCUGCUGAGUGACCUGAGGGAGGUGCAGUGUCUCAUCUGCUGUCUGCUGCAUCAGAUGUUCAUUGCGGAUCCCAACAUCGCUAAGCUGGUCCACUUCCAGAAUCAAGAACACACAAAUCAGAGUGAGUGUAUUUUCUCUCCGUGUGACCUGGUUCUGGACCGAUUUGUGAAAAUGUUGUCUGGCUUUAACUGGUCCACGGCCGGAGAAAGAAUGAUGACCUCUGCUGUAAAGUAUCAGUCCUGUUCGGACUGCGUGCAGACCAGGGAAUCUUGGGUCAUUUUGUCCCUGUCGUCCUUCCCAUUCCCAUCAGCAUCAGCUCAGUUCAUCAUAGUGCCCCCCCCCCUAGAACUCCCCUCUGGUCUCUGGCAUGGACUCAGAAAGUUGGCCAGGGUUCAGGCCAAACACAGUCUCCUUCUGCUCUCCUUCGUGUUUCUUUGUGGCUCUGCGAAUAACAGGACACAUCCAUUUGUUGUUUGUCUGCAGAUCUUUGCGAUCCAGUUGUUGUCGUACCUCUGCACCCAGUACGCCUUACCCAAAUCCCUCAGUGUGGCCAGGCUGGCCAUCAGCAUCAUGGGAACCCUCCUGACAGUGCUGACUCGUGCCAAGCGUUUCUGCUUCUUCAUGCCCACCCUGCCGUGUCUGGUGGCGUUCUGCCAGGCCUUCCCCCCCCUUUACGACGACGUGGCAGCUCUGUUGGUGCAGGUGGGCCAGGUCUUCGCUUCAGAUGUGGCCACCAAAGUCAGGGACAUCGACCCCUUCAUCGCUCGUCUGCAGAACCUGAAGGAAAACCCUCAGGAGUGGUCGCUUUCAGCCGGAGGCUCCUCCAAGCUGACUCUACCCCUGAAGACGGCGGAGGAGCUGGGCGGAGCCGACCCUGACGUGCAGCUCUGUUACUGCAUCGAAGCCACCUUCAUGGACAUCAUCAGCUCCACCCUUCACAGGCUGUAGACCACGCACACACACACACACACACACACACAGGCUCCGCUGUUGGCUCUCUGAAGGCCUUUCAGGAAGCAGCUCUUUCCUUUCACAUCCGACACACGUCCGUUUGUCGUGUUUCUCCAUCCUCUCAUAUUCUGUAACUCAGAAUCCUAAUCCGAGCACACUGAAGUGUAAAUACUUGUUUUGUUGCAGUUUUUAGAAACAGAAAACAGAACUUGUUGAACAGCUCAGGUUUUUGGAACCCAAACCAGAAUAUUUUUGUAAACUGUGUUUUUUCACUGUAAAAAUGAACGUUUGUAAUCUGUUUGUUAUAAAACAGUUGAAUAUUAAAUGGAUUAAAAAAAACA